AUGCCAAAACUCUAUACCUUCAAGGACCCCAAUUUCAACCCUCUUUAGAAUUAUGUGGUGGAUAAAACCUUAGGAUAAGGAACCUUUGGAAAAGUGAAGAUGGGUAUUCACAAAUGCACUAAUGAGAAAGUAGCAAUCAAGAUUCUGGAGAAGGAGAAAAUAGAAAAUGAGGCUGAUUAUGUGAGGAUUCAACGUGAAAUUCACAUCCUACGCAAAAUACGUCACCCCAAUAUCAUUUAAUUAUAUGAGAUAAUUGAGAGUGAAAUAAAAUUAUAUCUCAUAACUGAAUAUGCCCCAGGAGGUGAGUUAUUUGAACAUAUCGUUUCGAAAUCUCGACUUGAAGAGCGUGAGGCUGGUCGCAUAUUCUUUUAACUUCUCAAUGCCAUAGAAUACAUACAUCAAUUAGGCAUUGUGCACAGAGAUCUGAAACCAGAGAACAUCCUGUUGGAUUCCAAUAAGCAAGUCAAGGUGGUCGAUUUCGGAUUAUCGAAUCUCUAUCAACCAAAUUAAAAAUUGCACACUCCCUGUGGCAGUCCUUGUUAUGCUGCACCUGAGAUGGUCAGUGGUUUACCCUAUGAAGGAUUGAAAACUGAUAUCUGGUCAUGUGGCAUCAUCUUGUACGCAAUGAUUUGUGGUUGUGUCCCAUUCGAAGAUCAAAAUACCAAAUAACUCUACGAAAAGAUCAAACACUCAGAUUACAAACUACCCAAAAGUGUCUCUCCCCAAGCAGCUGAUCUCCUUCGAAAAAUUCUCCAGAAAGACCCCUCCAAAAGAAUCACCAUACCUGAAAUUAGAUAACAUGAUUUUAUUCUAUUCGCUGGUAAAAUGACCAUCCCUGAAGGAGUAAACACUAAAUUGGACAAUUUCAAAAUAGACGUUGAUUACACUAUUCUUCAAUAAUUGCUCCAAUAUAACAUCUCGGAAGAAGAAGCUGUCUAAAUGAUCAAAAACAACAAACACAAUUGCAUCACCACUUGUUACUAUCUCCUCAAACUCAAACAACAAAGAGAAAAGCAAAUCAAACCUGAAAUCAAACCCGAGGUCCCUUCUAAACCAAUUUCUAUUGAAAAAUAGAAUAUAUUUAAUAAAACUCCCAUAAUCGAACAACAAAAAUCCUCCCCCCUAGUCAAAUAAAAACUAUACUCGCAACAAUAGCCCAUUCAACCUUAUAAUUAGGAUGUCUAACAAUAAAUCUUACUGCAUCUCCUCUAAAAUCAAUAAUAGCAACACCAACUAUUACUCUAAUAACAAGCAUAACCCAAAGAAGUUAAAUAGCCAUAAGUCUCUAAAGUGGCCGAAACAGGAGGCUCAUCAUCCAUGGAAAUGUUCCUAAACAAAGCUUUUUCAGAUAGAAAUCAAAAUAAAUCACAAACAAAAGGCAAAACCAAAUCCUAAGAUCCUGUUCCUCAUAGGGAUACUUCAGCUCCAAAAAAACCCAGUUUGCCUUCCAAAAAUCAGAAAUCUAUCUCCCAAAAACCUUCCAGUCAAUCUAAAGGGUAAUUGGCUCAAUUACUUGCAGUGAAACAAUCCAAAUAUUUAGGCAAUACAGAUUCUACUACUUAUGUCAGACACAAAAGCAACUUGAAAUUUAAACAAGGUAGUACUGAAAGAUCAGAUCGCCAUAGUAGUAAUAGUUAGAGAUCCGAAAUCACCUAUUUAAAAAGAAGUGUGGAAAAUAGAAGUAGCUAACACAUUAAAAAUGAUCGUAAAACUAGAAUGAUUAGUACCUAUGCAUACAAUGACACAUAAAAACCUAUUCAAACUCAACCUAAUGAAAGAAUUUAUACUGAUCUAAGCAAAGAAUAAUCGAAUGUUCUUCAAUCUUAGUAGUAGAGAUUAACUCACAUGGAUAAUUUGGCUUUAGGCAUUCAAAUCUAUAAACAUAACGUUCAGAAUAGAUUUCUAAUUAAACAAUAAUAAAAAAGAAAAAGCAAAUAGUAGUAAUGA